AUUUAAUAUCUUCAUAAUACUUCUUUGGUUUAACCUGUUUACUUUAUUUCCAAUAUUUACAAAAAUCUGUUAGAAGAAGGAUAAGAUCUUUCCUGAACAGAUAGAAAUUAUAUAAUAUAUAAUUUUCUGAACAAUUUAUCUCCGCUAAGUUUUUUUGGGCAAGCGAUUAGUCGACUUUUCUGUCCUACAAACUUCCAUUCGCCGUAUUGGACAUUAAUCGAAAGAGAAUGAGACAAUCGACCUUCCUAUAGGGGAAGACUCGAAGAUCGAAUCGAUUAAUCGCUCGGGCGCUGGGUUUUACUGCCAGAACAACGUCAGUUGGCAAUGCGCUUGUUACCGCUCGUUACCGACGCGUUGUGUGUGCAAUGGUGGAUGAGGUCCGCGAAGGCCGCUCGUGCGCGCCAUCGAGCUACCGACUAUUCCGGCCGUUUCCCCGAUAAGUACGACGGAAUCGCCCGCCGCCGGUGGGUAGUCGCCGCGUCUCCCUCGUCGGAAGCGUCGGGUCGUGGAUACGCGUCGCUUGGCCCGGCGUCGCGCGAUCGUGCCGCGGUGUGAUAUCUUGCCGCGCCGUUUUUCGUUCGUUUUGACGCAGGUUUCACCGCGAGAGGGUACGGCAGCGGUGAUAGCGGACGAAGAGGCGGGAGAGAGAGGGAGAGAACGAGAAUCGUGCGCGCGCGCACACGUAGAAGCGUUCCCGAGGCCCCCUGGAAUCGACGACGACGACGCCGCCGUCCGGCGGCGCCGAACAAUCUCGAGAUUCUCGAAUCCUCGAGGUGUCGAUCGUCGGCGAUUUGUCGCGAGCGCGUAUCCGCCCGCCCGGGUCGCGGCGCCUCGUUCGUCGCCGAGUCGCCGUUCUAGCGCGUUUACGUUGCCGACGGCCGUAAACACCGCGUAUACGUAAAUACGGACGAGCACACAUACACACACGGUACGCGUCGCCUCACCGUGUGUACGUGUUGCGCGCCGCUCGGAGAGCCAUACACCGUUCCUCGCGUAGCGGCGAGUCUCGGCGCCCUCGGAGCUUUGCUACCCCGACCCGCGGCUUUUGUCACGAAUCGGAAAGGUGCGGGAGAACGGUGCGCGCGCGCGAACCACAAACGAGGGGAAACGGGGCCCCGGUGUCGUUGUCGCCGGACGUGAGGACGUCGCGGCGCGGUGUUCGCGAGAGAGAGAGUGUGCGAGUACGAGUGCGCGCGGGAGGAGCUCGCGCCGUUUCACGGCGCCUCCGGUGAGAGGUUAGAAUCCGGACGCACGGCCCCGAGAGCGGCGCGGCUCGGGGGUGGUGGCGAGUUUUGCGCGAGUGCGAGUGGACCUUCGAGUAUUAUCGUCGUCGACGGGUCUUGACGACGGACGAAUACGGCGGGUUUCUGUGAUAGAAAGGAGAGGGGACGCCCGGAACGGAGCCGCUGAGCGUCGCGCGCUUCCCAAGCGAAACUUCGUCGGCGGCAACGAUCGGACGAUAAAACGACGGGAAAACGACAGUUCUUUGGUGCUGGUAGUGCUGUACGAUCGCGCGGUAUGAAAAAAUGAUGUGAUCGACGGUCAUCAUGGCGGCACCCAUGCUAAAGUGGAAGCGGAUCGCGAAUCCGACCGGGCCCCAGCCGCGACCCAGGCAUGGCCACCGGGCGGUCGCCAUUAAGGACCUUAUGGUCGUUUUCGGCGGUGGGAACGAGGGGAUCGUCGACGAGCUACAUGUGUACAACACGGCAACAAAUCAAUGGUUUGUGCCAUCCACGAAAGGAGACAUACCGCCAGGAUGCGCGGCAUAUGGUUUUGUAGUCGAUGGCACGCGUAUCUUUGUCUUUGGUGGAAUGGUAGAAUAUGGCAAAUAUUCUAAUGAGCUGUACGAAUUACAAGCGAGCCGGUGGGAAUGGAAGCGUUUGAAGCCAAAACCACCGAAGCAUGAGCCACCACCGUGUCCACGAUUGGGACAUAGUUUUACCCUCAUUGGUAACAGGGUCUUCCUUUUUGGGGGUCUGGCGAACGACAGUGACGACCCGAAAAAUAAUAUACCGAGAUAUCUGAAUGAUCUAUAUACGCUCGAACUUCUUCCUAAUGGCCAAACAGCCUGGGAUGUGCCGCAAACACACGGGCACGCGCCACCUCCCAGAGAAUCCCAUACUGGAGUGGCAUACGCCGAUCGCGCCACAGGCAAAUCUUGUCUGGUGAUUUAUGGUGGCAUGAGCGGUUGCCGUUUAGGUGAUUUGUGGUUCCUCGAUGUCGAUUCAAUGACCUGGAACAAGCCAGUGGUUCAUGGUCCUACUCCUCUACCACGAUCGCUUCAUACUGCCACUUUAAUUGGUCAUCGGAUGUAUGUAUUUGGGGGAUGGGUGCCAUUGGUUGUCGAUGACGUUAAAGUCGCGACACACGAGAAGGAAUGGAAGUGUACGAGCACGCUAGCGUGCUUGAACCUAGAAACUCUCACUUGGGAGCAACUUACCGUUGAUUCCUUGGAGGAAAAUGUUCCUCGUGCCCGAGCUGGUCAUUGCGCGGUUGGAGUACAUAGUAGACUUUACGUUUGGUCUGGUAGAGAUGGUUAUCGCAAAGCAUGGAACAAUCAGGUUUGUUGUAAAGAUUUGUGGUACCUUGAGGUCAGUAAACCAGCGGCGCCUUCCCGAGUUCAGCUGGUUAGGGCUUCCACGCAAACGUUGGAAGUCAGCUGGACAGCGAGCCCGUCCGCGCAAUAUUAUAUUCUUCAAAUACAAAAGUAUGACAUGCCACCGGUAGCGGCGACCUUCCCAUCGGUGAGCGCACCAACACCAACUGCGCCUAUUGUCAGUACUCCUGUUGCGGUGACAACCUCUCCGAUGGUGGCAACUCCCGUAACUGUACCUAUUACAUCUCCGCCUGUGACCACAGUCGCCGCUCUUCCUUCGGCUACACCGCCUGUUGCCGCUGCCGCCAGAGCAUCCGUAGCGACAGCUGCAGUAGCAACGGCAGUGGCAGCUCCAUUGCGAGUCCAAAGUGCAAGUCCUGUACAGAAGCCAGUACCGUCGCAAACAGUGCAAAAGCCGACGAGUCCUAUGACUCCGAGAGUCGCGACUGGCAAUGUUAUACGAAUUCGAUCCCCUCUAGUUACUUCUGCAACGACAGUCGCUACGGCAGCGGCAGUGGCAGUGGUCACCACUGAACAACAACAAACAACUGCAACUGUCACUACUACUACUGCUACUACUACUGGUCAAACGCCCGCUGCUAUGUCUGGAAUCGCCGCUUUAGCUGCGGCAGCAGCAGCCACCCCAAAAAUUACUAUGAACAACGUUUCGAUGUUGCCACAGACUGCAGUCGCAGCUGCGACCGCAACCAAUACCAUCAGGAUGAAGAAUGUUCAACCAGGUCAACAAAUUCGUUUCGCCGCACCUGGCGCCACAGUGUUGCGCACUGCCUCGCCGCAACAAAGCAAGCAGAUCAUUUUGCAAAAGCCUGGGCAAAAUAUAUCUGGCCAGCCACAAAUCGUACAUCUUUUGAAAACUGGACAAGGCAUGGUGGCCACAGUGCCCAAAGUAAGCCUUAUUCCUGGCAAAAGCGUCCAAGCAACUGGUGCGAAACCUCUUAAUCAGGGACCGACAAUAUUACGGUUGGUAAAUCCUAACACGGUUGCGGGAUCAAAAAUUCUCACAACCGUGAAGACUUCCAAUAUAGUGGCGAUGAGCAAAGGACAGAACAUUACGGGCAAGCAGACCAUAAUGAUCACCAAGCCGACAGGAAACAGCGGAUUAGUCGGAAGAACCAACCAAUUCAUCGUUGUCACCACAGGCUCUGGUCUAAGAGCUGUACAAGCUGUAACGACAUCACAAGCUGGUGCGGGGCAAGGAGCUACUUCUGUAGCUACUCCCGUAAACGUCUUGCCGUUGUCGGCUACCAAUCAUGUCACGAAUCAGCAAGGUGUCAAGAUGAUAGUUGUUUCUUCUGGAGCAAUGGGCGGUGGAACUGCCGGCAAACCUUUAACUAUCACGGUCCCAGGACAAGGAGGUGUACCAAAGACAGUGACUAUUGCUGCGAAAAGCGGUACGCAAGCCAUCUUCAAUACUGGCAAGAAUCAACUUGUUACCGUGCCACAGAUACAAAAAACACCUGAGGCGGUAGCGGUAUCUGGAAAGCCAGUGACUCUACAAAUGCCUGCAGGUAUAAGUGCAAAGACAGUGACGCUUUUGCCGAGUAGUAGUAGUUCUAUAGUAACUACGUCAAGCGCGUCAGACUCAAUUGAUACUAGCAAAAUGCUAUUUGUUUCUCCACAGAAACAACCAUCAGCCUCCCUCGCAUCUACUUCUGACGGACCUGCUACCACUGAUGCUGCAUUAGCCGCAUUAGCAGCAGAGGCUGGUUUAAUAGAUCCAGUACAGGAACCAUCUGGUAGCCUAUCAUUUAUGGUAGCUACCGACGAUGGUGCUGGCGGCGAUGAUAAAGUGGAAGAUAGUUGUAACGGUAAUGAAGCAACUACAGCAGCCACUCUAGUUUCUCAGAUGGGUGCGGGAGACGCAAUGCAAGUCGACGGUGAUGGAAACUUUGUACUUCCACAAGUAGAUGGACCGAUAGACGAUCUUUUAUUGGAAGGUGAAGAAAAAAUGGAUGCAGAUGAAGAGCCAACUUCGGAAAAUGCCACCGAAUCAACCGGUACUGAAUCGGCGGUAACAUCGGAACAAAACGUUAAUACAUCGGAAAAUGUUCAGGCAGAGGAAUCGACCGUGAAAGAGGAAAUUGACAUAAAGAAUGAAGAUGAAACGACAGCUGACCUUCCCGAAUCAAUCGCCGCCAGUCAAGUCAAGAAAGAUGAUGUUGAUAAUCCAUCUGUUGAUGACGAAGUACCUAUGGAAACUAGCGCUGACGAUGCAGAGUUACCAAAUGAAAAAGAAAAGGAUUCUAAAUCAACAGUCAGUGACACAAAAGUAAUAAAAUCCGAGUUGCCUUUAGUACAAUCACCCGCAGAGGCUUCAUCCGAACAGACAUCUCUAGCGGAUGUCGUGAAUCCAACAACGGAAAUUGAUGAGACUCAGCGAGAUGAGAACAAUCAGGUGAAAAAGGCUGAAUCGUGUUCUGAAAAAGAAAAAUCACAAACGUCUGAAAAUCUACUUACUGAAGAUUCUGACGUAUCGCAUCCUCCUCAAGAUGAUAGUCAAAAAAUUGAAAAGAUAAAAGAAGAAAUCACAGACAUGGACACUGAUCUUCCAGCAGAGAGUUCUCCUAUAAAAUCGAAUGAUGCUGAUGAAGCGAUGCUGAUCGAUAACAAUACAUCGAGUCCCGAAAAUGUAAGAGCUCCCGUUACACCAAACAUACAAGUGAAAUUGGAGGACGACGAACCACCUAAGGAACAGGACAAAUUGACCGAUUUACCCUUAUCGUCGAUUAAUGGUGUCGCUGCACCUGUCGAGAAAGAAAUAGAAAAAAUACAUACUCCCACAAAAAUGGAAAUAAAAGAAGAACUUGCCAUUUCGAAAAGAGACAAUUUAAAGCAGGAAAAAAUCAAUGAAGCCAGAUCAGAGACUGGAGAUGACUCGACAGCUUUGACGACAUUGGCUACUGCUGCUUUAGGAUCGGCAGAGCCAGCAAUAAAAGUUAAAAAUGAACAGAAUGAAGAAGAGAAGAAAGAGGCAGAAUGGUAUGAUGUGGGAGUGAUAAAAGGAACAAGUUUUACCGUUCAACAUUAUUUUCUUCCUGGUGACGAACCAUUAGAUAUAACGCAAUCUUUGACAAUGGAUGUUUUUAAAGGAAGAGCUAAAGUAGCAUUAGAACCUGGAACUGCCUACAAGUUUAGAGUUGCCGCUGUGAAUAGUUGUGGACGAAGUGCCUGGAGCGAGGUAGCGGCAUUUAAGACGUGUCUUCCGGGAUUCCCGGGUGCACCGAGCGCUAUAAAGAUAUCAAAAUCCGUGGACGGCGCACAAAUCUCUUGGGAACCGCCGCCUAGCAACGUUGGACCCAUCCUCGAGUAUUCCGUCUACCUGGCAGUGCGAAGUACCGCAUUGAAUAAUGACGGAGAACCAAAAACAGUUGUGUCGAAUCCAAAUCAGUUAGCUUUUAUUAGAGUUUAUUGCGGUUCGAGUAAUUCUUGUUCGGUGAAUAAUAGUGCCCUUAAUGCCGCUCACGUGGACACCACUACGAAACCGGCCAUAAUCUUUAGAAUAGCAGCACGAAACGACAAGGGAUACGGACCAGCCACUCAAGUCAGGUGGUUGCAAGCAGAUCCGACCACUGCGGUGAAAAGUAAUCCGCAAGCGAAGAGACCCGCCAAUACAGACCUACGUUCGCAAGUGACUUCCCCACAGAAAAAAAUGAAGAUGGAACCAGCUAGUGAUAAUUUCUCGUGAGCCUGUUCUCUCCCUGGCCUCGUACAGCCGAAACUCCCAUGAGCAAUGCUACUCAUUAUUUAAUUUCUACAUGCCUAACAACGAUGAAAUCAAUGUAUUACCAGCUAAACGACGUGAUAUACAAGUAAACGAAAGAUAUAAACGUGCGAUAAGAAACGACGAAAAAGUGAAGAGAAAGAAAAAGAAAAAAAUAUCCGACACUCGGUCUAUGUGUAACGAUUGAGGAAAGAAAGUAUUCUUAGUGCUCUGUUUGAACGUUGACGUCUUUCUGUACCGUGUUUCUUACUCGCUGUCAUCUUAUUUUUCGUGAAAGUGCGCGAGAAUCUUACGCAAAGACAAAGUACCGUUAAUAAAAAUUGCGACAUGGUUAUUUUUUGGAGUUAAGUAAGUUUUUCCAUGUUUAUAGCUUUUUCUAAUGAACGGUACAACAUAUCGCCUCUAAAUGCUCAUACUUGCAUCACGGUAAAAUCACAGCUGGCCCAUUCGCGCUUUCAUGAUUUUCUCGUUAUAUUUAACAAUGAGUUUGAUGUAUGAGAUGUAUGGGAUCGAAAACGGACAGGAUUCAUAUUCGAUAUUUUACAUAUUUGUUUAAACAAUUAUACAUAUAUAUAUAUAUUCGUGACAAAGAUAUAUUUUAAACAUCCAAAUUCUUUAUAAUAUAUUUAUCAUUGACGGAAUAUCUGCAAUUCUUUUUGCAUUCUCUAUUAUGUGCAGAAUAAGCUCGCUUUUGAAACGUAGGUUAUUUAGUGUACAUAAAAUUCUUGCACUAAGAAAAAUGUGUUUAUCAUAUUCUGAGGUAACAAAAUAAAUACUUUUUGAUAAGGUAGAAUAAUUGGAAGAGAUAUAUAUAUAUAUAUAGUCUAACCUUAGUCUCCUAUUUCAAUCUGCUCGUUUAUGUUUCACUUUCACGCAGUAAGAGAAGCUUUUAUUGUGUCAUCGAUUCUGUUUUACAUGUGACAAUCGGUGCUACACACUAUUCCGAUACUUUUGUUACUGCCAAAUGCGACAAGACUAUGUUAUUGUCGAUACCGAAUACACAACCUGUAAUGUAAAAUUAUCUAUUAAACAUGUGUAAUAUUAAGUUACUUGUAUGCUUUUGUCAAAUGAUUGCAGAGAUAUUUUGUAUAAUAUAUAUAUAUUAAAAUGAAUUACUAUAUGUAAUUAAUGAAUAUCUCUAAGGAUCGGGCACUAGGAUGGUCACUCAUGCUUUAGUGGAUAAAAAAAAGACUCCAUGAACAGUUAAGGAUAUUUUUAGACAGCAACGAAACAAUUGUUUGAAUAUUGAUAUAUCUAACAGUAGGCUGUAUAUCCUUAACGUAAAUUCUAAUCUUUUAUAGCGCUAAGACAAGUAAAUAACAAACAAUUGGAAGAUUAAAUACACGAAAAAAAGAGGUAAGAAAAAAACAUACGCUAUCAUAUUAGAAAGAAACAUGUAAUAAUAUUCUCUUAAUAUCUCUUUUUGACCAUAUUAUAUUUUAAUCAAAAUAUACUGAAUAAACUUUUAAUCAAGGACAAGUUGAUUACAAAAAUUAUCGAUAGUCUUGCUUCUCUCGAUUGACUUUUGGACUAUGUUAAACUGCAAUUUAACUGCAUUAUUUUUAUUUUAGAUAUAUAUUAUAUAUAUACAUACAUAUAUAUAUAAUAUAUUACACUUUAUUACAUCUAUUUAUACCAUAAGCAAAAUAGAAAAUCCUUUACUAAUACAGAGCCCUAAACGCUUAAUCUGUUGUAUUUUGAAGUUUUGCGUUUACAAAGUUUACUUCACUAGGAAAUCUAGGAAGGUAUGUUACAGAAAAAUUAUCUCUUCAAUCACGAGAAUAUUUUCGUGACACUUGAAAUGAACUUUAUAUUAAAUGUACAAUUGCAAUUGUUUAUCUUUUACGUGGGUUUUUAUACCCUAUAUCUUUAGAAGCAUUGCCUGAAAAUACAGAUAAAGAUAUAAUGUAUAAUAUAAAUGGGAUAACUUUUAAAUACAUUGUUUUAAUAUUGUUCUUGCUGAUCCUUAUAUUUAAAAAAAAUGAGAGAAAAAAGAAUGCCUCCGUACUAUUAGUGAUCAAUAAAAAAUUAUCAGUUGUUUAAUUUUGUUUGUAUAUUUUGUUAACAGAAGAUGACAUUAAUUUGUAUUGUGUACACAAGCCUUGUGCAUAAAAAUACCAUGAAAUUGUCACUACUACCACGCGUCUUACCGGUAUCUAGUUCUUUGUAAAUCGCCUGGUCCCACUGCAUUUAUACCCUUCACCGAAGUAUAUCGUGCAAAUAAAUAUAGAUAAAUUUCUUAUACAAUAUAUAAUCUUUACCUUCAUUGCACUUCUGUACUUUAUACAAAAUUACAAAUAUGGACACUUUAUAAAAAUAUAUUUUAGCGUUCUGUUCUUUUAAAAAUGUGUAUAUGUAUAUUGUGUUUUAAGAUCAAGCAAAAGUUCAUUUAAUAUUAAUUUAAUCAUUUUUCUUAUAGUAAAAAUCUUACUUUAUUUAGAUGUAUUUAGAUUGUUUAUGAACUUUUAAUUCUACAAGCCUGUAUUGUUUUUUUGUGUAUAAAUAUCGUAAAUUUUAUUGCAAAAUACUAUAAUAGCGAAUAAAAGAAACAUUAUAAAAACAUGAACAGAAUUUAUUAAUUAUUGAUAACUUCGCAAUAUUUCGUGCUACCUUUUCGAGAAAUACGUCUUGUUUGGCAGUAACAAAAACAUACGUAUUUAUUUGAUACUCUUCUCACUUUAUUCGAUCACAAACGGACAGAUCUGGUAGAAAUGAAGAAUUAAAAAAGAACCAUUAUGCUUUACUUCCCAUAAUAAUUUAAAAAAUCAUACUUCUUUUGAUAUCAAUAACAUUGAAUUAGUAAGUUAAUUAGAUAUUUAUUGAGAGAAUUUUCAAAUUUUUUUUAUUGUCGAAAUGAAUCCUUUUUUCAAUUGUCGCUAUUUAUAAUUUACUGAAAAACAUAAGAUACUAAUUAAUAAACAUAAAUUAUAUACUAUACCUUAUUUUAUAUCGAUUGAAGAUUCUCAGAUCGAAUUAAUCGGCUGUACGAGAGACCAAAAGAUCCAAUGUCAGCUUCGGACCACAAUUUUCCUAUAUAAAUCCUUUUUCUAUACUAAAUCUUAAUCGUAUAUUUAAAGAUGCGCAGAUGAUUACGAGAAAACAUCGACGAGAAGAUUAUGAUGAAAGUGAUUUUACGUGCGCGCCAUAUAGGAUAAUAAAAGGUUGCGAUGAUAUUUCGAUGACGGACAUUGUUUGGUGCGAUGUCAAUAAUGUAUGCUAAAUGAAUGAUAUUGCUCCGCAUGAAACCUGGAAUGAUAUUAAGCGGAUUUGUAUUUUUUGAUAAGGAUAACUCCGGUUCGACGUGCACAUGUCGCCGGACAAGAUUAGUAUACUCUCGAGUAUCUAAUUGAUUUAUAAUAAUACAUCACACGACGAAAGUUUCGCAAUAUGUAAUGAUGAGUAUAUAAUUAUACCGUUUGGUAAUAAGCUACAACUAUGUAAAUUGGAAUGAUGCGUGCGAGGGGAAUUGUAAAGGAUGUGUUGAGGAUACGCGUAUAUAAAAUGAAAUAUACGUAACGAGUUAAAAGUAAGGAAGCGAAGAUUGUAUUUGUUAAUAACGUCCUUUCUCUCUCGUACGUGUCUUCUAAAGGAUUUACAUUGAAUCACACUGUAAAUAAGUCCUUCGAAUCACAUUAGAUAAUACACGGAUAUCCUGUAUUUACGGAAUUAGCGUGCCUAAUCGCAGACCCGAUACUAUACGUAAAAGAAAAAUUUUUGAUUGAUGCUAUCUAAUUGUACACUGAAAAUUUAUACUUAUAUAAAACACCCGUUCCAUGCUUGCCUUUCUAUCUUUCCGUUGUAUAGUAAUAAAAAUGCAAAACAAUGACACGUUAGAAAAUCGAUAGCAUUCGAAAUAAAAAAGAAUCUAUAUUCGAUAUAUUUUUCACGUCGUUUUUUAUAUCAUCUUAAUAUAAGAGUAUAAAAAAAUUUAUUCGUACUAUCUAAAAAAAAAAAA